AUGCACAACAUUAGGGCGGCUCCCUUGGGCGCUUGCACGCGGGAUGACGCACCCACGGGUCGAUCUGGGGUGGCCGCAGUGAGCGCGGCCACUCCCUCUGGGCGCUUGGAAAAAGUUGGUGUUAUUGUUAAGCUUGGUGCUGGUGAAGCAAGCCCCUAUGCACCGGGAAGAGUGACGGAGCGCAUGCUGUCUCCCUUGGUCGCCUCACAUCGCGCUACACGCGAAGGCGCAUUCCAGGUACAGGCUGACGCUCAAGUUCAACAUCAUGCAUACAGCGGUGCCUGCCCUGCAUCCUCUGGCCAUCGGAAGCCACUGCUUGGAUCUGACGACGUCAAUGGAUGGAUGAGGUCCCAUCACGAUCGAGGUGCUGUCGUUCUGAACGAACUACUGGUGAAAUGCAACGGUUUCCUUGUCGCACGCAUCAACUUCAGCCUCUGCUGA